AUGGCAAACCUAUUCUUUCUUUACUUUCUUACGCAAAUCUUCCCUUUCUCUCGGUUCAUUAUUACAGGUAGUGAAAAAAUCUUCAGGAUAGAAACGACGGUCUUGGACCGGUCGUACUACCGCCGGUCAGACACAAACCGGCAGCGACUGAUACACAAAGCCAAGAUGAAAUCCCUCCGGAUAUCGGUCGUCAUCGUGGUGGUCUUCAUGGUCUGCUGGACGCCCUACUACAUCAUGAUGCUAAUAUUUAUGUUCCUCAAUCCGACCGAACGGCUCGGCGAGGACCUACAGACGGGCAUAUUUUUCUUCGGGAUGUCUAACAGCCUCAUUAAUCCGCUAAUAUACGGUGCAUUCCAUCUCAUCCCGAUUCGAAGGCGGCACAAUCAGUACAAUCAACAUGUAAGGGAAGGAUCGGCCUAUUUUCAACGAUCGUCUACCUGCAACCACCAGAAUGGAAACAACAAUCUACAGCAGCAGCAGCAGCAGCAACAACCGCAGCACCAACGAAGCACAAACCUUACCGUCAAUAACAAAUUGUCAAAUUCGCACUCGAACCUGGCGGAGGAAAUUUCCCUCAUGUCGCUGGAGAAGGAUCUCAAAAGUCUGGACGAAAACGUCAACCAGAUUCAUCUGAAGGCCGGUUCGGCCAACAAGCGCAGCCUGGCCCGGAAGUUCUAUUCGCUGACCCUGUUGCUGCACCGGACGAGACCUACCAAGCUAUAGAAAUGACGGAGCGGGCCAGUCAGCGUCGACCGUUGUAAAAUUAAAGUUCAAUAUUCCUAUUACUAAGUGAGUCGUUUGUGGUUUAGGCGAGACACUUAGCUACGGUAUUACAAGAUGUAUUUUACCUACACCCAGAGUUGUAAUGAUUAAUUAUUUAAGAAAUUCAUGUCUCAAUGAUGCUCAAGUAAAAUACGCGGCAGCCAAGGAAAAGUGAUAAAUGAUAAAAUAUUUACCUAGCACCUAGCAGCAGCGUAGGAUAGAUAAAUGACUGCUUCGAUUUGAAGCGUGAGAGCGUGAGAAUCGUUACAUCGCAUGAAUGAGCAAUGGUUGCCGCUUGUUGACAUGAAGAAAGUCCAAUGAGAUUGUUUCACGAUUAUACUCUGAAGUGUUUAGUAUUUAUUCCAUCGUGAUAGUAGUAAGCGAUACCAGUUGCAAUACGAUGUAUAAGCUGUCAGACAGUUUCAACCUUAAAACUAG